CCUCGCGGGCGCAGCACCCACCAGAGGCGCCGAGCUCCGCGCGGUGCGCGCCCAGUCGGCCCCAUUGCACCCGCUGCGCGCGUCCGCCAAAGGCCUCCCAGCUCACCACGCUGCCCAGCCAGAGGGACAAUGGGCACGGGGGAUUUCAUCUGCAUCUCCAUGACUGGAGGGGCGCCUUGGGGGUUCCGGCUGCAGGGCGGCAAGGAGCAGAAGCAGCCUCUACAAGUGGCGAAGAUUCGAAGCCAGAGCAAAGCCUCUGGGGCCGGGCUGUGUGAGGGGGAUGAGGUGGUGUCCAUCAAUGGCAGUGCUUGUGCAGACCUGACCUACCCCGAGGUCAUCCAGCUCAUGGAGAGCAUUACGGACUCCCUACAGAUGCUCGUCAAAAGACCAACCAGUGGAGCAAGUGAGGCUUUGGUCUCUAAGCCCGAGAACAAAGCCCUUGAGCAUCUCACACUCGAGGGGCACGUGGAAAGUACCUCCCUGCAGAUUCCUCCGGCCACCUGGCCCCAGCGCAGAGAGCAGAAUGGAGCUCCGGCAGCAGCAGACGGAGGGGCUGUUGCCCGCGGGCGCACGGUGGAGCUGCGGCUGAGCCUCCGUCCCUCGCAAGAGCCACCCUCCCUGCCCCCCACCACGGGCAUCGGGGGAGGUCAGCAGCCCCAGGCUCAGUCCCCCGGCCCCUCCCAUGUCUCCUCCGGGAGUCCCUUCCCAGAUCCCAUUCCCACCCGGGGGGACGAGCCGUGGCCUCAGACCCCGCCCCCCGGCCCCUCCCCUGUCCCGGCACCCGCCCCCUCGCCCACCCCGGGGGACGGGCAGUGGCCGCAGACCCCGCCCCCAGGGCUCCAAGCCGCGCGCCUGGACCGUGCCGCCCCGCAGCCCGCAGACGCUCCGCGCCCGGGACCCGACCGCAGCCGCCCGCACCGGCACCGCGCACGGCACGCGCGGCUCAGGAGGAGUGAGAGUCUGUCAGAAAAACAGGUGAAAGAAGCCAAGUCCAAAUGCAAGAGUAUCGCUCUGCUGCUCACGGACGCCCCCAACCCCAGCUCCAAAGGGGUGCUGAUGUUUAAGAAGCGCCGGCGCAGGGCCAGAAAGUACACCUUGGUCAGCUACGGUACUGGGGAGCUCGAGAGGGAGGCAGGCGAGGAGGAGGAGGAGGAGGAGGAGGAGGAGGAGGGCUUUAGGGAGCACACGUGUGAGCUUGCGUUCCUCCACACCAGUGAGUCGGAGGCGGACGAGGACUUGCUGUCUGACCCUGACCACAGCGGGCAGGCUGUGAGCUUCGACUGGGACUCUGGACUGGUGGACAUUGAGAGGAAGCUGGGUAGAGGGCAUAAAAUGGAGAUGUUGCCAGACACCACGGGCAAGGGAGCCCUUAUGUUUGCCAAGAGGAGGGAGAGAAUGGAUCAGAUCACAGCCCAGAAAGAAGAGGAGAGAGCCGGUGAGCUGGCAGGGAGAGAAGCCGAGGCUGCCCUCGCAGACGGCCUGAGAACCAUGGCCUCCUACCAGAGCACAGAGGGGCAGUCUGUGAGGGUUCAGAGCUCAGUGAGCAGGAGCUACAUCCAGCUGGGCCCGAGUCCCGGCCACGCGCCCCAGCAGAACGGCCUUAGUGGGGGCUGUGUGGCAGCAGAGGCCCAGAGGGUGAUCCCAAUGAACAGAACCGCCAAGCCCUUCCCCGGGUCUGCGAACCCACCAGCAGCCCCCUUCUCCCCCACCCGGAGCAUGACAAGUCCCAUCUCUGAUUUCCCGGCACCUCCACCUUACUCUGCGGUCACUCCUCCACCAGACACUUUCUCCAGAGGGGUGUCAAGUCCUGUGGCUGGCCCGGCACAGCCCCCUCCCUGGCCUCAGCCUGCCCCGUGGACCCAGCCGGCCUUUUACGAUUCCUCUGAGCGAAUAGCUUCCCGGGAUGAGAGGAUCGCAGUGCCGGCAAAGAGAACAGGGAUACUGCAGGAAGCCAAGAGGAGAAGCGCCACGAAGCCCAUGUUCACCUUCAAGGAGCCCAAAGUAAACCCGAACCCCGAGCUCUUGUCCCUGCUUCAGAAUGCAGAGGGCAAACGGGGCACUGGAGCUGGCGGUGACUCGGGGCCCGAGGAGGACUACCUCAGCCUGGGAGCAGAGGCCUGCAAUUUCAUGCAGAGCCCCUCUGCCAAACAGAAGACCCCCCCUCCUGUCGCCCCCAAGCCUGCGGUCAAGUCUUCCUCCCAGCCCGUCACUCCAGUUUCUCCAGUGUGGGCUCCGGGGGUGGCUCCCACCCUCCCUCCUGCCUUCCCCACGUCCAGCCCACCACAGGGCACUGUUGUCUCCUCCAUCAAGGUAGCCCAGCCCUCCUAUGCUCCUGCCCGGCCCACGAGUGCGCUGAACCUGGCCGGUCCCUUUAAAGGACCACCGGCAGCAGUGGCCAGUCAGAACUACACCCCGAAGCCAGCAGCACCCGCACCCCGGGGAGGUGCUGCUCAUUCUGCUGCGGCAGGACCAUCCACCGAGCUGCCCGGAAUGAGUGGGAAGGGGGCCCAGCUCUUCGCCAAAAGGCAGUCGAGAAUGGAGAAGUACGUGGUGGAUUCUGACACCGUGCAGGCCCACGCCACCCGGGCACAGUCCCCCACGCCGUCCCUCCCAGCCAGCUGGAAGUACUCCUCCAAUGUCCGCGCACCGCCUCCUGUGGCCUACAAUCCCAUCCACUCCCCCUCCUACCCACUGGCUGCUCUCAAGUCUCAGCCAUCGGCCCCACAGGCUUCCAGAGUGGGCAAGAAGAAGGGCAAGAAGCCCCUCAAUGCUCUGGACGUCAUGAAGCACCAGCCGUAUCAGCUCAACGCAUCCUUGUUCACCUUCCAGCCUCCAGGUGCCAAGGAUGGCCUCCCCCAGAAGCCGCCCAUCAAAGCCAGCCCAGCCCCGGCUGUGAACCAAGCUCCACCUCCCGGGUCGGUCACCAUGGGCUCACCCAGGGCCGCGCAGGCUCCCUCCGUGUGCUCCCUGCCAGCCUACGGCUCCCAGCCCUGUCACUUUGCAGAGCCCACCUCGCCAGCCAGCGCGUCCCCAGUGCCUGUGAGCGUCCCCGCCCCUCCCAGGCAGGAGUCAGCCUCCUCGUCUUAUCUUGUGGCACCAAGGCCCAAGUUCUCUGCCAAGAAAAGCGGAGUUGCUGUGCAGGCCAGUGGGCGCGCCCUUUCUCUCCCGGGAAGACCGGCCCCACCUGCCCUGUCCACAGCACCUCCUUGGCCACAGCAGUCUGCUUUCAGUUACCCUUGCAAGCCACCCAACGGGCUGCAGAGAGCAGGCAGGAGACCAACACCUUGGGAGGCCGCGGCCCAGUCUCCUCUGGGGCUAGUCGAUGAUGCCUUCAGGCCCAGGAACAUCCAGGAGUCCGUGGUGGCCCACGUGGUCUCAGCAGCCCGGAGGAAGGUGCUUCCUGGGUCCCCAGAGGGCUGGAGAGAGAGGCUGCCGCACACCCAGCCAGCUCACAUGGUUGCGUCUGGGAGACAGGAGCACCCGGUUGCCGCCCUCGCCAGUAGCAGCAUGUCCACCAGCUCCUGGUAUGGCCCUCAGUCGCCAUAUGCAUGUCGUGGGCAGGCAUCCAGGGAUGACUUCGAGAUACAGUCCCUGGAGACCAGGUCUGACUACUGCCUACCAGCAGCCGGCUGCAACUACAACCCGCAGCCGCGGGCAUGGAGACGGCAGUGGAAGUAGAGGACCCACAGCGGCAGCCAUCACCCUGUGGCAGGCACGUGGGCGCCUCUGCUGUCCUGCAGGGUGGGCUCUCUCCCAACCCCAUUGGAUCCUGUGGCCUUUCCUGAGCUGGUGCCUGACUGGGUACUCACAGUGUGUCUCACUUCACUGCCGACACAUGGAGCAUGUCGUGGAAGAAAAAGUAGAUUUUGCACUGAUGUUCUGGGACUCACAUGUCACUCAAAAUCUUAAUUCUGUUGACAAGGGGCAGUCUCUGCACACCACCUGCCCAGAGAAGGGGCAAUAAGGGCUGUCCUCCAAGUGCCUUAGUCCAGGAAGAAACUGGCAACACGUGUGCUAAUCACUAGCUGCAGUAGAAGAGGCACUUGGGGGGAUCUUACAAAAAGAUGCAAAUGAGCAAGGAUUGCAUACUAGAGGAUCUCCUUGGUAUCCUCGAUAUGUCCCUAGUCUUUCUCUGAAACAUUUUUAAGUCUAACAAAAUUCACACUUUAUAGAAGACUGACACAUAAGAGUUCGCAGAGGCACAUAAGAACAAGACUUUGCACGUUUCAGGUGAGCUUUUAAAGUGAAGGGUGUAACGGGUGGAAAACAGAAGGACUUGGAGGUAGACUGGUCCUCACCUGUUUGAACCUGGAAACUGGACACAGGAAUGGACCCCCGGUUCAGUUGUCCUCAAGGGUCAGAUGGGAGGGCUAUGGUCUGCUCUGAGGUCCCCACUGGCUCUGAUGCCAGAGAGUCUCCCCCAGCAGAGCACCUGUGAUGCAUGGCUGGGUUCAGGAGCAGGAUGGGCAGGAAGGCAAUCGAGGUCACUGAGGGGUCCUCCGGGUCCCAGCAGGAGUCUCCAGCAGUGGGUUUGUGUCACGUGUGAGGUGGAAGGAGGGCUGAUGUGCAGAAGGAAACCGUGAGUGGGCACCAGGAUGUGCAGAGGAACGUGCUGACGUGCAGCAGAGGGGACAGCUACUGGGUGACAGAGAAUGGGCUAUGGAAGGCACAGAGCGGUGCUUCUCUGGGAAAUGGCCACUGGACGUUCAGAGGUAGUGAGAGAGCUGAGGCCAGAGCCUCGUUAGCACACAGGGUGUGGAUCCCGUGCUUCUCCUCAUGGCCAUGAGCACCAGGUGUCCCCCACGGUGAGGUCCAGCCCUCUAUGGCCUUAGCAAGUGUCCAGUCACUGAAAGUCUGAAACCUUGAGGGUUCACACCUGUGGCGAGCUUGCUUGUGGUACUUUCAACUCCCGAGCCCUCUGCCUGCUGGCUUCUUGUCACGUGAAAGUAUGUUCCACAGACAGGAGCUGACUAAAAGUGCCAGGGCACAAAUGAUCCCCACCUGGAAGCAGGAAGAGAAGUUGAGGAAUCAGCAGGCUCCAUCAUGGGUGAGAGUAGCCAGAGGCUGCUCUGUCCAGUUAGGCAGAACAAAAACGAUGCUAACUUUCCAAAGUUUUAUUGUCAAAUUAUCUUAAAUUGAUAAAGAGCUGAUUCUCUCAAAGUAUAAGACAUAAUUAUUGGCUCCAAAGAGUUUUUACAGAAUCCUAAAAAGCAAUGUCUGGUGUAUGUGUUAGUAUGUUGGCAAGUUCUCUAGAACACGUGAUGCUCACUUGGUUUGAAAUUUGCUAUGGUGGAUGAAUCUCCUGGCAUAGACAGUCUUAGGAGGUGAGGGACUUACCUCACUUGUUAGGUCAGGUUCUGUUUGUCUGCUUCUUCCAGAAGUGCUCAUGUUAUGUCCACUAGGUGCACACAUGAUGCUCACUGCUAGACUCGCUGCAGGGUGAGGGAGGCACAGGCCCCACACAGACCUGCCGAGGUGCACGUCACCUGGCAGACAGAGGCAGGGGUCACGCAGGUCUCUCUGACGUCCCGAGGCCACUCUGCGGGACCACUGUCUCCG